CGCCGCGCCGCGGGUCGCGUGUCCCGUUCGAGAGGCGAGUGACACGCAAUGUGAGGAUCGGCCUGUUGUGUGUGCGCCGCAUCUUGUUAAGGAGAAAAAGAAGAUAAAAAAAAAAGGGGCACGCGCGCGUGUGUGAGGUGAACCGUGAGGGACGAGCGGACGUGCGUGCGAAUUGCGUAUCGGCGAUCUCGUCGUCGUGUUUUCGCGAGCGAAUCCGAGCUGGAGCGAGCGAGGUGAAACGUUCUCGCGGUAAGGAGGUUGUGUUCGACGCGGCGCGAGCGAGUGAGCGCGCGCGCGCGCUUGUAUAUGUGCCUCUGCGUGUGCACGUAUGUGUAUGUGAUACGGCCGAGUUAGCUCUUUUUCUCUCUGUGCGCAAUAAUAUAUAUACAUACAUAUAUAUAUAACGGUUGAAAGAGACGAUAGCGCGAAUUCUCGCGCAUACGACGACAACGUUGGGUGAGACGAGUGACCGUGCCGCGACGACGAGGAGGUCGCGAACUCGCUUCAGCACGCGAGCAAGUGAACGAGCGUGGAAAAGAGCGAGAGCGAGAGAGACACGUACGUGUUGUUCGAGAAGCAUCGACGACGAUCGAGCUCCAAGGGUCCCAAGUGUGGUGUGCGCGAAUCCCGUCUACUCGUCAAGGUUAAAGAAGACGGAAAAGACGACACCGUCGUGCGGGAUGCUUCGCUAAAAUGGCGGUGAUCGGUACCGUCGUCGGCCGAUAGGAAGAAAAAGAGCAGGUGAAAGAAAAGAGAAUAAAAAAAAAGAAAGAGGGGGAAAAGAGGGACGACCGCCUUCGCGGCCGCGCUUGUUCGCGGUUUAUGUUUUGACACAGUCGUGCCGCGAGCACACGGAGCAUUAUCGGCCCUUCGUUCCGCGCACCCCCGAUCACCGGCCCUCUCUCCUCCCGCCCCUCUUAGUCUCUCUCUUUCUCUUUCUGUCCGUCCCAUCUACCGUUUCCUUCCUUAUCGCCAGUUCUCGUCUCUUCCUUGUCCAUCGUGUUCCGGUCGCAUUCUCGCCGUCUCCGUCUCGCGGAGCGUAGUCGCGGCCGACUAUCAACGUGCCGCGACGGCCACGAGAGGUGCGCGCGUUAAUGCGCGAAAAAGCUGACGAGAAUCACGGAACGCUGGCAGCAUCGGCAGCAGCGGUCUCGAUAAGUGGUCUCGGGUAGCUCGCGGGUUCGACGCGACCGCAAUGCCCGUGCCGCAUCGCCACGCUCCUGACGUGAAGAAGCACAUCGGACGGAACUCGAGCACAUCGACGGAAGAGGCUACCAGUGGUGGCAACGCUACAUUAUCACAGAGAGAAGUUGGAGGCACGGAAGUACGACGGUUCAUCGCCAGACAUUAAUUUUGGGAAGGACACAUUAACACACCAAAAUGAAAAUCGAUCGCAGUAGAUUGAAAAAGUGCACUUCUGAAGUGCCAGCGGAAUGUCAGGCACUCAUAAGCAAACUACGCUCCUGCUCUCAUGCAGAGCUGCUAGAAGAACUAAAGCAGAUAGAUGCGUGGACAUUUGGAAAAUGUGAAUUAUUUCAUUGGAUUGAUGUCUUAGAUCUCAGUGACAGUAUUUUAGAAGAAGCUGCAGCAAGGAGUCCGGAUAAUCCAUGGGAAUUAGCAUGUGAUCUUCCUCAAAAUAGAGAGGCAAAAGAACUGCUUCUCUGGGUUCUCCAUUUCACAACGUUGUUAAUUGAGCAUUCAUUUUCACGGCAUUUGUACAACAGUAUGGAACACUUGGUUACUUUACUUUCAAGUUGUAAUAUGAACGUAGUCCUUGGUGUAUUAAAUCUUCUGUAUAUGUUUAGUAAACGCAGUAAUUUUAUUACACGUUUAAAUAGUGACAAACGGCAAGCUUUGCUUAGCAGGCUUAUUCAUCUAGCGGAGAGUUGGGGAGGAAAGGAAAACGGUUUUGGUUUAGCGGACUGCUGCAAGGAAUUUCCAGAAAAACCAUUUCCAGCGAGUGCUACAACAUUACAUUUUGAAUUUUAUGCGGAAAAUCCGACUGUAGCGGAACCAUCGGCGACUGGUACAUCACUCUCUAGUACAAAGAAAGUUGGUCAAAUGAAUCUUGUAACAUAUAUACAUAUAGAAAAUGUUGAUAAACUUGGAAAAACCCCAGCACAGAUCAUGAACGAUCUGUUGAAAGUUUAUAACGUACCUCAGGAACGACAGAUGGCUCUAUUGACGCAUAUAAGACUAGCGCAUAGUUUUUCGGAUUAUCGAAGACGAUUACAGUGCGUGCAAGCCCGGCUUCAGGCGUUAUCCGUGCUUGUGUACAGCAACGCGCUACAAGAAAAUGCGCAUAGUCUUCUCCAUGCAGGACUUCUUGAAGAGUUGGUUGAAUUGUUGGAAUUACCGCAUACUCAUCUCGUCGAGAUUCGUGCGGCAGCAUUGCGCACUCUUACAAGCAUUAUACAUUUAGAUCGGAAUCCACACUUCCCUAAAAAACCAGGUUCACGAUUAAAUAUGAUUAUCGAUGUUACUGGAGCUAGCUCGUAUCACGGGUUUCUGCCUGUUUUGGUUCGUACUUGUAUAACAACGUUAACCUCGCCACAACCGGAUGGGCAACCAUUUCCUCUCCCACUUGCGACAGCCUUGUUUAGUUUUUUGUAUCAUCUUGCAAGUUACGAGGCGGGUGGAGAGGCUCUCGUAAGUUGUGGCAUGAUGGAGAGUCUUUUGAAAGUCAUCAAUUGGCCAGGAAGUGAAUUGGAGCAUAUAACGUUUGUAACAAGAGCAGUGCGCGUCAUAGAUUUAAUAACAAACAUAGAUAUGCAAGGUUUUCAAACUCACAAUGGUUUAGCGAGCUUCAUCAACCGUUUAGAUAUGGAAGUUAAUGUAUGUAGGAAAGAACAACCGUUUGAAAUAGAGCCAGUGCUCUAUCAGGAUGCUCCACAAACCUCACGUGAAAGAUCAGUGGAAAGAGAGGAAGGAUCUUCCACAUCGCGCCGUGAACACGAAACUUUCGAUGAACGAGAAGAAUCGUCUAAUCCUAUGGAAAUAUCAGAAGAUGAAAAUACGGUUACAAAAGUAGACGAAAAGAGCGAACAGCAGCCAGAUUAUUCUGCUGCUAAAACCGGCAAAACUUGCUUACCACAACGAGCAGCACUCUUGAAAUCUAUGCUAAAUUUUUUGAAGAAAGCAAUCCAGGAUCCAGCAUUUUCUGACAGUAUACGACAUGUUAUGGAGGGUACAUUACCAUCUUCUCUUAAGCAUAUUAUAAGCAAUUCAGAGUACUACGGUCCUUCAUUGUUUUUACUUGCUACGGACGUUGUGACUGUAUACGUUUUUCAAGAACCAUCGUUACUAUCGUCUUUACAAGACAACGGCUUGACUGAUGUUGUGCUUCAUGCUUUACUCAUAAAAGAAGUUCCUGCCACUAGAGAAGUAUUGGGCUCUUUACCUAAUGUGUUCAGCGCUUUGUGUUUAAACCAACGCGGUCUUGAAUCUUUUGUGAAGCGACGACCAUUCGAACGCUUAUUUAAAGUACUUCUCUCACCUGUUUAUCUUUCGGCAAUGCGACGACGACGAAGCGCCGAUCCACUGGGCGAUACAGCUUCAAAUUUAGGCAACGCCAUGGAUGAACUGAUGAGGCAUCAACCAAGCUUAAAAGUUGACGCUAUUGCGGCAAUUAUUAAGUUACUCGAGGAAUUGUGUGUAUUGGGCUGUGAUCCACGAUACAUAUGCUGGCGUGCCGCUAGUAAAUCGGAGAAUUCACCAUCGAACACGGCCUCUGGAAAUCGUCAAACAUCUGGUCAGUCAGUCGGUGUUGGAGUGGGAGACUCUGGUGGCGGCGGUGGAGGAGGUGGCGGCAGCAGUAGUGAUGAAGAAGAGGAAGAUGAGGAGGAAGCAAGUACGAGUUCACAUCCUCAAAGAGAGGAACAACCUAGCAUGUCACCUCCGCAACCUGGACCACCACCUCAACCAAGAGAAAAGACUCCCAUUGCUUUAGUAGAAUAUAUUCACAACGUUAUGAAAUUUGUGGAUGCUAUACUAAGCAACAAUUCAACUGAUGAUCACUGCAGAGAAUUUGUUGCUCAAAAAGGACUUGUUCCGUUAUUAUCGAUUCUUGGUUUACCUAAUUUACCUGUCGAUUAUCCUGUCGCACAAGCGGCUCAAUCUGUUGCUUCAGUAUGCAAGAGUAUUUUGAACUUGGCACAUGAACCAUUGGUACUCAAAACUGGCUUGUCACAAUUAAAUGAAGUGCUAAAUUUGUUAAAACCGCUUCAUAGUAAUAUGGAAUCUCCUGGUGGCUCUGUUUUGUUACAUGAACUUGCAUCGGCACCAAAUCUGGAAACUGCAUUUACAAGCGACACAGCUACACCUUUACUACAUGCCAUGAAUGCAGCUCAUGGAUACGUAGUAAUGUUUGUUCAUGUUUGUCGUACCAGCCAAAGUGAUAUCCGAAAUCUUUCUAUGAAUCACUGGGGUUCCGAGUUGGGCUUGACCGUUCUCAAAGGUUUAUCAGAGCUUUAUAUGUCUCUUGUUUGGGAAAGUACAUUACUGCUCGCGUUAUGUAGCGAAGAUAUUAUCCCAGCUGGUUGCGAAUUUGGCAAAGAGGAUAUGGAUAAGUUGAUGCCGCCCGAGUUAAAGACCGAGGGCGAACCUUCGUCCUCUUGGUCCGCUACCGUAUCCUCAGACAUGGGAAGUAAUGGGAUGACCACGGCCAUGGAAGCUCUGAGUACAGAUCCUCCGCCUGUACCGAUGGAGGUAGACGAUAAACCAAGUACAAAUACUGACAGACCGAACAACUAUCAAUUGAAGUAUAUCAAACCAUUACUCGGCGCUUCUUCGAGGCUUGGCAGGGCACUUUCAGAAUUAUUUGGUCUACUUGUCAAGCUUUGCAUGGGUUCUCCCGUAAGACAACGUAGAGGACAACAAAUGCCCUUAACGCCCACGAUGCCCUCUCAAGCAGCGCGUAGUGUCGCCACCGCGUUGAACUGCUUAUUGACGCGCGGUUUAUCAUGGGAUAAAUUGCCCCCGUCACCAAUUCCCAAAUUUAAGCUUACCUUUCUCAUAUGUUCAGUGGGAUUCACCUCGCCGAUGCUCUUUGACGAGAAGAGGCAUCCUUACCACCUAAUGCUUCAGAAAUUUGUCAAAUUGAACGGUCAAAAUGCAUUUUUCUCUACUUUUCAUUGGGCAUUGUCAGGUGGAGGUCAAUUUGCCUUAUCUGAGGGACUGGAACAUCCUAAUUUACCCGACGGAACUGGUGAAUUCCUGGACGCCUGGCUAAUGCUGUUGGAGAAAAUGGUCAAUCCUAAAGCCAUCUUGGACUCACCCCACGUGGUCUCAUCAAAGUGUACAGGAAUAUAUAAAGUAUGCGAAACAUUCGAUCCAAUAAGAUACCUUAUCGAUAUUCACAAAAAAGCCUUCGAGGCGGUGAUGCUGAUGUGGGGCAAAAAACCGCUUAAAAACUAUGGAGCUCGCAUGACAGAGUCUAUUUUAUCGAUUUUACGACAUAUUCUACGUGGAGAAAAGAUCAUCAAGGAACGCACCGAAAAAGAGGAGAGCGGAGACAGCGCGAUAGCUAGCGGUAGUGGUGCGAGCGGUGUUGGUAGAAGCAGCGCGUCUGAUCGUAGAGAUGAACCAGAGGCAGAUGUGAAUCCAGAAUAUCUGAGACAAUUGAUGGACAUGGGUUUCAGUCGAGCGCAUUGUAUAGAAGCGUUACUGCACACGAUGACCGUAGAACAGGCGACUGAUUAUCUUUUAACAAAUCCCGCAACUCUACGUAGACCUGAUGCUCCAGUAAGCGAUGCCAGUGGUCAAGGUUUGAUUAUGGAUUUGGAAUUGGCGGACGAUGAUCAAAUAAUGCACGCUAUUGCUAUGUCGCUUGGUGAUACAGAUACGCGCAAGAUUUCGGGUAUCGAGGAGACUCCCUCUCGCGAAACAACCAUCACCGAGAGUAUAGACGAGUUCACGCGUAGUGCGCUUGGGCAGUGCCUCAAUCUGUUAGAUCUCAUGCCAGACACGGUGUAUAGGAUUUGCGAUUUACUAGUGACUAUCACAAAAAGAAAUGGUGACGAAUGGCGGGAUGAUACUUUACGACAGUUGAUUCGCGAGGUUGGUCGUUUGGUGGACUAUUUAAUCGACAUCGCCGAAAGUCAGGAUGAAAAUGCUGGUGCCCGAUUGGUGGAGUGUGAAGAGGCAAACAAGCUGUCCGGCCGCCUUUACCUCUACACUCUCUUCUUUGAAGGUUCUUUUCAAGAGAUGAGAGUGCCAUGUGCGCUUAUAGUAGAGGAAUGCGCAAUACUGGACAAACUUGUACGGUUGUUGGUGGUGAGCGAGGCUCCGCUCACGGCGAACAAAAAUAGAAUUGCUAAAGACUGCAAAGAUACCAGCGCUGUGUUGAGCAUGAAAACACCUAAGUGGUUAGCGCCUUUGUUACUGCUCAUUGAUCGCCUGGAGAAGGUAGCCACACUUACACAACGAAAACAGAUAAUGCACAAGAUCACGACCAGAGCGUGGAAGUGGUUCGAUUUAAGCACAGGGAAAUGGACCCUCUAUUCACCUAUGAACAAUCGAAUCAUUAACGAUGCGUAUUGGGCAGGCGAGUCCAGUGUACGGAUAUCGUGUAGUCGACGACGAUAUCUCAUUACCUUCUCCUGUAUGACUCAGGUAAACGAGGACAGUGAUAACAGACGGCCCAUCACAAUGGGUUUUAAGUUGAACACAGAGAAAGAGGAUGGUGGUUCGGGUUCCGAUUCGAAUAUGGAUACCGACGAGAGUCCGGUAGGAGAGGAAAGACGAAAUACAGUGGUACAAGGAUUGGAUCCCAGUAUAGCUCCAAGUAUUGUACGCGCGUGUGUAAAAUUUUUGGCAAUCCCAGUUGAUCGAGAUGCGUUACAUGCUGUAUUGAAAGUGUGUUUACGGCUGACGAGAGAUUAUCGAAAUGCGGAGGUGUUCGCGCGUGAGGGUGGUGUUAAAUUGCUUCUUGAAAUGACACAGAUGUGUAGUUUCACCGGCUGCAUCAAUCUAUGUACAUUGCUUAUACGACAUACUCUUGAAGAGCCGCGCACGCUUCGUCUUGCGAUGGAGAAGGUAAUUCGUGCGCGCACGCAGAGCAACAUACCUCCCGCGUAUAAAGAGAUACUUUUUAUGACGCGACAAAUCAGCAGCGCCGUUUGCCGUAAUCCUGAAGUAUAUAAAGAAGUGUGCGAAAAUAUUCUUAGAGUUGACAUAAGUUGCUUAAAAAAAGAUGACGUUGACAAUAGGCUAGUCGUCAAAGCCUUACCUCCUAGUCACUCUCCAGCAUUACCGAUGGUGGAAGAGGUAUCCGUAGGUGUUAUUCGUGAUAUGUUGAAUGCGCUAAUUAAACCAAUGCCAGUGUCAUCGGAUGACGGAUCAGCAACCCCAACAAGCCCUGAAAAGAAGACCUCACACGCGACAACCUCAUCGAUUGGUAACGUGUCAUCGUCGACGUCUUCACGACGAGAUGGAUUGAGAAAUAAUGCAACGACAACCAACGAUCCCUUGGACGACGACGAUCAAGUAUCACAAAUUAUUCCUUUAAAGAUUUACACUGACAUUGGUAAUAACAGCAAAGUGGAACCAGAGGAGGCAAAAAAACCUAUCCUGACAAAAUCUGCGAUAUUGAAGAUAUUAGCAGAGGCUGUGAGAUCUUACGGGGCUGUAGCUAGUCUUAUUACCGAACAUACGUACAGAGCUGGACAAAGUGAAAUGGUAUCCGAAGACACGACAGCUUUAGCAUUCUUACUAGAUAAACUUUUGCCGAUGUCGCCGGAAAAUUCGAGCGAUCGAACGUGCAGCAGUAUGGCAAGGAUGUUAAUCGCUGCCAUAGCUUCUUGCAAUCACUCGCCAGAUGUACAGACGACCUUAGUAACGGAAGUGAAGGCGGCUUUGACGAGGACGCUUGCACUUCCAGAAAGUUCCGAGAAGCAUGCACAGCUUCAGUUACUAAUUGGAUUGAUCUCUACCAUGAUCGACAGUUGUCCAUCAAAUAUGUCACAUACUCAACUGAGAGCCUCCUUGAGGGCCCAUCAAUAUAACAACGUCAAUUACAUUGUCAGAAUAAUGCUGAGAAAGGGUAUAAUCACCGAUCUGGCCAAAAUACCGCACAGUCUCGAUUUAUCGAGUCCGAACAUGGCCGGCACUAUUAACGCUGCGUUGAAACCGCUAGAGACUUUGUCGCGCAUUAUCAAUCAACCGAUGCCAGGUGCGGUCAAUAACAAGUUUACGAAGCCGAAAAAUAGAACUGUCCAGGAAGAACCGAUUGGAGAACAGACGGGCACUACGACCUCUGAAGCUACACAUGCUGUGGGCGAGGAAGCGAACGAGGACGCAGAGAACACUGAACACGAUAUCUCUGUGACUGCAGAAAGCUUGGAACCAACUUCGGAGAGCCAGGUACACGAAGAAGGAGACGAGGCUGCACUGGAGGAUAUUAUGGAUCAACUUCUCGAAAGUGUACUGUUUUCCAGGGAUGUUUCGGCCGUGGCGGAAGAGCAAUCUUCUCGCGCGCACAGGCCAAUGGACAUUGAUGAUGAAAGUCUCGCGAUGCGCGACGCAGAGGGCGAUUUUGAUCCGACUCGAGAUACUACAGUAAGAGAGGACUUAAUGAGCUCCGACUCUGACUCCGAUAGCAAUCCAUCCGAUGAUAAUGAGGACGAGGUGCAGGAUGAUGAGGACGAAGAGGAGGAAGAGGAAGAUGAUGGUGAAGAAAAUGAAGAGGAAGAGGAAGAAGAGGAGGAAGGAUCGUCCAAUUAUGAGGAGGAUGGAAUAGAAUUUUAUGAAGACGCUGGAGAGGGCGGCGUUUUUCGUAUGUUUCCCUCUUCCGAACGCGAUGGUGGUAAUGUUGUAAUGAUACAACACAACAUUGAAAAUCAGGACAUCGCGAAUACGUCAACGCCGGUUAAUACGCGACCUAGUCUUCCAUGGAAUACCACAUUCCCGUUACCAUUAGGUCUGUUUGAAGAGCCCCCUGCAGGUUCUGAGAACAACGGCAUCAGUACUCACCCACUGUUAAUAUCGCAAGGAAGUUUGGAUACAGCAAGUACUAGAACACAACGUGCUCUGCGACACAGACGGUAUCAAUACCUCCAAUUAUCCAAUCCACGUAGUUCAAAUCCGCCUGUAAUAUUACAAAGGUAUAUACUCUUAGGCCCAGCUGCCCAGACCCUUCCUUUGUCCGCCAGUCAAGUUUUGGCAUCGAGUUUUAGAGACACGCGUGUAGUUGUAAUGGAUAAUGGAUUGGGAAUAUUCACUAACCAAGAAGAGGAGCAAAUCGAUUAUGUCGAUCAGUCUGGCUAUCUCUUUGGUCCGAGCCUUGCCGCAACUUUGAAUAAUAUACCAACCGCGUUGCACUGGUGGAUCGAAGAGAGCAAGCAGUUGGACGGAGAUUCUCAACCAGAUUGUUGCGUUGGUGUUGUCCACAAGUUGGUACCUGGACUAGAAAAACACAGGAAUGCCGAGCUUGCCGAGCGCAAGGAGAAACGUAAAAAACAACAUGGAUCUGAGAAGGAAAGUGAAAAGGAUAAUAAAGAAGAAAAAGAACGUACAAACAAUGCAGAAUCCACAUUGCCAAGUUUAACAUUGGAUGAACAACGACCAUCUGCAUCAACCUCACAGAGAACCGACGUCACUCCGCUUGUAGCCGGAGAAGAGACAGCGGUAGAAACUACAAGGCAAGAACGCACCCCGGAGGAGGAUAUAAUCGAUGUAACAGGUGAAAUGGAAGUGACGGUUCAAGAGGAUGAGGAGCGACCACCUCCACCGCCGCCGGAGGAGCAAUCUACGUCUGAUAGUCGUGAUCCUCGCACGGCAAAUCGAAAUCCCACAUUAGAACUGGCUGAAAGUAUCGUCGAUUCUGUACUUGGACCAUGCACAUCUGAAGCAACUAUUAGAUUAAACGUACACGUGUCUAAUGACGAAUCUACACAUCUUACUCCAACAGGGCAGUCUGGGCGAAGUAGUACAGAAACGACAAAUGUUGCCGAAUCAUCGUCUAAUCGCAUCAUCGCUGGUCCAUUAGUAGUAGAUUUCGGUCAAGAAACUAGUGAGGAUCUGUCGAGGGAAAGCAGUGAUUCAGCCGAUUGGAUCCGCAGACUUUUGACGGACGACGGUCAAUGUCGAGCGAGUGACAUUGACUUACGGCGUGUUGAACGAAAUGCUAACAUCGUUAAUCAAGAUUCGACGUCUUCAAUCACAACUGAGGCUACUACCGCAGCAGGGACAUCGGAACAAUCGUCGCAGCAACCGUCGCAACAACAACCACAACAGCAGUCGAGUAAUCAGGAACAACAAUUGCCAGAUGGUGUAGACCCGUCGUUCCUGGCUGCUUUACCUGAAGAUAUGCGCGACGAAGUCAUUGCCGAGCAGCUCAGGCUGCAACGUAUGAGGCAGCGCGCGCAGGCUUCUGUAGUCGAGGAACUCAGCGGACCAGUUGAGGUGAAUCCAGAAUUCCUGGCUGCUUUACCACCGGCAAUACAGGAGGAAGUCUUGGCGCAACAACGCAUGGAGCAGCAACGACACGCGGCCGCCUCGGCUAAUCCGGAGGAUCCCGUGGAUGCCGCCGCCUUUUUCCAAAAUCUACAACCUUCUCUUCGACAAGCUAUUCUAACUGAUAUGGAGGAGUCCCAAAUAUCCGUCCUUCCACCGGAUUUAGCUCAAGAAGCUCAAAAUUUAAGGAGAGAAUGGGAAGCACGUAAUCGACACAUGAUGCAGGAGAGAUUCCUUAAUCAUGUUACUCAAAAUAACACUGCUCUUUCUAGUAUAUUAAGAAAUUCUGGUAGAGCUCGUGGAGGUGGUACUCGCUACGCCAUUCACGCAGUACCACAAAGAUCUCAAUGGAAUUCCUGGGGUCCUCGCGAUACAAAUAUGGCUCACCAAGGUGCUGGCUUACGAUUAAGAGGCCGACAAUUACUCGAUCAUGAAUCAAUGGCGUGCUUGCUUGUGCUGUUAUUUGUCGACGAGCCAAAAAUUAAUACACUUAGGCUUCAUAGAGUGAUUAGAAAUCUUUGUUAUCAUGGCAGCACGAGAGAGUGGAUAGUGAAAGCAUUACUAAGCAUCAUGGAAAGAAGUAACGACGAAAAUAAAGAUAUCAUGGCAGAUUUUGGUGGGAAAUUUAAGAGAAAGGGAUUAUUAAACGCUGCUAUGGAUUUAUGUUCCCCAAAGAUUUUUGACCAAAGAAAUAACACGCAAUCGUGGCUAAAUAUUAGUAUUGAUGCUGCACUUGGCUGUAGAGCAAAUGUAUUCCACAUAGUACGUCAUGCUGGAAAGAAAUCUGAAAGACAAGGUGGUAAUAUUAUUGCAAUUCAUCCACAGGCAGCACCUACUGUCUGCAGGCAUACUUUAGAAUUGUUGAUAUCUUUGGCCAAGAGUUUUCCUGGAUAUUUUGUGCCAAUCAAAUCUAAGGAUACGGACGAUAAAGAUAACAUUAAGGAGAAAGACGUAAGUGGCAGUAAAGAAGAAGGCGCAGCGAAGAACAAAUCGGCAUCCAAAGUGGGAAGGAGCGAUCUUCCAGAUUUCUGGGAUUUGCUUCUGAAAUUGGAUUCGUGUGCGUCUAAAAAGGGAAAAUCGGUCGCGAGGACACAUUCAAAUACGAAUUUAGGAAGUGAGCCAGAACAUGGCACAACGACAUUUGAAGCUUCUGCAUUUGGUCAACUUAUCUCAAUGCUCAAUUGGUCUGUAAUCAAGCGAAGCAGUCAGUUGACAGAUAAGUUGUUGCGACUUUUAUCCUUAAUCUCCAUCGGCUUGACGGAAGUAAAUCCUUAUCGGCGGCAAGAAGGUGGCGCAAAGAACAAGAAGACUGAAGUCAAUAAGGAUCAGAGCGUUGCUGCACCAGAAGGGCAUCUUAAGUUAGCCGUUCAGGUUUUGACAAGUAAAAGUUGUUCCGAAGACGGACUUGAAGAUGCAACUGCGUUACUUCUUAAUUUAUCUCACUGUCCUGAUCCUACUAGACAACUGAUAUUAAAAUUACUUCUGGAAGGUGCGAUGGAAUUGGCAAAUAUGGUGUGCGAACAUAUCAAUGAUUUGAUGAUGGAAUUAAAAGUUCUAAAUCGUGAAUUAAGUCGAAGAAAUUCCUUGGAGGACCAACCAUCGACCAGUAGCGGAAAUGGACGAGGAAUUUUGUUAGAUAGAUUUACUAAUGAAAAUGUAGUUGUCACAGCACCGAGUAAAGUUAAAGCCGGAAGUGACCUUCAAUUACCAUCGAUGGCUGCUCUUGUCAGUAAAACUUCUAGUCAGGCAUUCUUUUUGAGAAUACUUAAAGUUAUUGUGCAGAUAAGGGAAGCUGUGCGCUUAGCAAACACCAAGAAAACAACUAAUCAAACAACAGAGACAGCCAUGGAUACAGGCACAACGAGUAAUGCAUCAGAAACAGUCACAGAUAAUACGGACACUGAUGUUCCUAUGGAUACAACGCAAGCAAAUACUUUGAUCCUUGAUAACUCAAAAUCAUCCUCUUCUCGCAAUGACGAAGAGAAAACCGUACUUCCAUUGCUGAGUGAGAGUUUAGUGUUAGAUAGCUUAUGGGAAACUCUUAGUGCUUGCUUACUUGAAUUAGAAUAUACUCCUGAUCAUCAUGCCGUCCUUGUUUUACAGCCGGCGGUAGAAGCGUUCUUUUUGGUGCAUUCCUCUUCAAGUACGUCUCGAGAUCGAGACAGUCGUCUUAAUGCAACUAGCGAGAAUCGAGAAGUUGUACCAGAUUUAGCACCAGUCUCUCCAAUAUAUUCGGACAAUGAAGGUACUUCUCAAUCGGAAACACCCGCUAAUGCUUCCUGGGAUAUCACACCGCCGCCGACGCAGAAAACAUUGCCACCAGAUCAAUUAAAGUUCCUCAAAUUUGCUGAAACGCACAGAACUGUGCUCAACCAAAUUCUACGACAAACAACUACACAUCUAGCAGACGGGCCAUUUUCCGUAUUGGUGGAUCACACAAGAGUGUUAGACUUUGAUGUGAAGAGACGUUAUUUCAGAACGGAGUUAGAACGAAUGGACGAGGGUAUACGUCGGGAAGAAUUGGCAGUCCAUGUUCGUAGGAGUCAUGUUUUCGAAGAUUCAUUUAGAGAGCUUCAUCGAAGAAAUGCCGAUGAAUGGAAAAAUCGUUUUUACAUUGUCUUUGAAGGUGAGGAAGGACAAGACGCCGGAGGACUACUGCGAGAAUGGUAUGUCAUAAUUUCGAGGGAGAUCUUUAACCCGAUGUACGCCUUGUUCACUGUCAGCCCUGGUGAUCGAGUAACAUACAUGAUAAAUUCAUCUUCGCACUGUAAUCCUAAUCAUUUGUGUUAUUAUAAAUUUGUGGGUCGAGUUAUUGCUAAGGCUAUCUAUGACAACAAAUUAUUAGAAUGCUACUUCACGCGUAGCUUCUAUAAGCAUAUACUUGGCAUACUUGUGAAACAUACGGACAUGGAAAGCGAGGAUUAUAGUUUUUACAAAGGACUCGUUUAUCUUACGGAACAUAAUAUUUCUGAUUUAGGAUAUGAGCUAACAUUCUCUACGGAGGUAAAUGAAUUUGGCGUCAAUGAUGUUCGAGAUUUAAUACCAAAUGGACGUAAUAUAGUGGUUACAGAAGAAACAAAACUCGAAUAUAUUAGGCUCGUAUGUCAAAUGAAAAUGACUGGAGCAAUUCGUAAGCAGUUAAAUGCAUUCUUGGAAGGCUUUUAUGAUAUUAUACCUAAACGACUGAUCUCCAUAUUUAAUGAACAAGAACUUGAGUUAUUGAUCAGCGGCUUGCCUAAUGUAGAUAUCGAGGAUCUUAAAGCAAAUACUGAGUAUCAUAAAUACACUGCUACGUCUUUACAGAUUCAAUGGUUCUGGCGUGCAUUACGAGGUUUUGAUCAAGCGGAUCGUGCGAAGUUCUUACAAUUCGUUACUGGUACGUCCAAAGUACCGUUACAAGGUUUUGCCGCGUUAGAAGGCAUGAAUGGCGUACAAAAGUUCCAAAUUCAUAGAGAAGAUAGGUCAACAGACAGGCUUCCAUCUGCACAUACUUGUUUCAAUCAACUGGAUCUGCCAGUGUACGAGACGUACGAUAAACUCCGUACAAAUUUACUCAAGGCGAUUCACGAAUGCAGCGAAGGAUUUGGAUUUGCAUAAGCUUGUUGGAACGCUAUUGUCGUAUCUUGUGUAGCAGUUUAUCAUACAUGUGUUGUCCUGCCUGUUCAGAGUAAAAAAUUCGCUCCUGUAUAAUUACGCGUUCAUGCGUCCAAUCGAUGACAUUCUAAUGACACGCUUGGUCUUCAUUCAAGAUCUAAUGAAAAACUCGUUUAACUCGAUAUAUACAUAUAAGAUGCACGGAUAUGUAUAUACAUAUAACUAAUUUUGAUGUAAUUACGUGAGAAUAAUUGUCAAUGAUACCCGAAGGUAGGGGUUUAUUUUGUUGAGGAAGAUCUUGGAAGAAGAUGCUGAGCUUAACGAUAAUUCCCAACAAGGAAUGAUAAGGAGAGAUUAGAGUUCAGUUUUAUGAUAAAGAUAAGCUAAAGAUAAGAUUCACACACGUAACUGUAAUAGUUAGAUUAGUUUGUCAUAAGAAAUAAUAUAGGAUGAAAAAAAAUGUAAUAUACUGCACUUUAAAGUCAGCGAUAUGUUUUAACUGAGUCGGUUCGAUAGUUUGAAUAGAGAUACAGCGAUGGUAACGGUAGCCUGGUUCUUCACCAGAUAAAAAAAAAGCAGCAAAAGUAUAAGUGGAUGAAUGUUUAUGCGAAUGAAAGAGAAAUAGAGAGAAAGAUAAAAGUGAAUGAGAGAGAAAACGAGAGCAUACAGAAAGAGCGAGAGAGAAUUUAAUCGAGAGAUACUGAGCCUAAUUAAAAGAUUUCACAAUACGAAUGCUGUCCUUCCCUAAAAACUGUAUGGUUGUACACACUAUUAGUAUUAAUAAUUAUAACUAAUUCUUAAUUAUAGUAAUGAUCAUUAAAUAUCAUUUUAAUAUUAAUCAUUCGAAAUGUGAUGUUAAACAAGUGUAAUUUCUUUUUCUUGAAAUCUAACGAAAUAAAGUUUACAGUUGAACAGACGUUACUUCAUAAACACAUCGAACGGAACAAAUUAGUGAAACACCGCACAGGCACCGUUAUAGUUAUUACGGAACUCCUUACGAAAUUGUUAGGGAAUUAUUGAUUAGGGAUCGCAGAAUAAAGUGAAUGUUGUAUUUCUUAUAAAAAAAA